AUGAGGCAAACCGGUGGCCAGAUCACCCAUUUUGUGAGCUCCAUGGGUACCACCGGCACGGCCAUGGGCACCUCGCGCUACUUCAAGGAGUUCAAACCCGAGGUUCAGAUCGUCGGACUCCAGCCGGCCACAGGCGCGCAAAUUCCUGGCAUCCGGCGGUGGCCGAAGGAAUACUUGCCGGGCAUUUUCGACGAAGCUCGCCUCGACCGCGUCAUAGACAUUACCCAGGAAGAGGCGGACGAGACGGCGCGGCAGCUUGCCAUCCAGGAGGGUCUCUUCGCCGGGGUCAGUAGUGGUGGUGCGGUCUCGGCAGCCUUGAAGAUCGCGCGCGAGGAGCCGGGCAGAGUAGUGGUGUGCAUCGUCUGCGACCGUGGCGAUCGCUACCUCAGCACCGGUGUCUUCGCUCCACCACCACCUUUGUAUCACAGUUGCAUUUCGGGCAACCUCGAUCUGACUUUGCAGAGCUACAGGAAGACCCUCUCGGAUCAGCACGCUCCGAUCUUCUUGCUCUUUACAGCCCCAUGGUGCCCCGAUUGCAUCACGGCUCUACCUGUCAUCGAUGGCCUCUUCGCCACACACGUGCGAGGUGGCUCACUUCUUCGGUGCAUCGUGAGCAAGACUCGGGAGGAAUGGAAGGAUUCAGCUCACCCUUUGCGGUCCGACUUGCGCUGGCGGGAGACUCCAUCCGCGCCGGAUGCUGGUCUGGCGGCGGUGCCGACCCUGGCAUACUUGGGAACAGCUGCCGAUCCGCUCGCCGAGCCAGUCAUCCAAGGGCGCCUGGAGGGGCUCGAAGCAGCUGAAAUCCAGAGCAAGGUUGGGGCCUUCCUGAAACAGCACGGAUGUCGGUUGGAGUGCUCGCUAAAGCAUCAGAAGUGUGAAGACCGAGGUCCCAUCCCGGCAUUGCUCAAGGAUCUCGUACGUGACAUGGACAAACUCGUGGCCAUGUGGACUGCGAUCGAGAUUGAGGCAAUGCCAAAAGGGCUAUACCAGGCCGAGUUCAAAUUCUCCGAUGAGUUCCGGCUUAGGAACGGGAAGCUGCCAGAGGUGCCGAUGCUGCUGGCUCUGGGCAUCGUUGCCAUUUUAUCGCCAACGGUCGCCCUGGGUUACUUGUCCUUCGACUGCCCGUCUCCAUAUGGAGCCCUCGAUCUCGAUGUGAGGACGGUCGUUGACCUGAAGCAGAAUGCCGACAUGGUGAUGGAUAGCCGAUGGGCGGUAGAUCCGGCCACGCCCCGGUGGAUGCCAAUCCUUUACCAAGGCACAGUGCGCGCGCAGGGCAAGCGCAAGCUGUUCGGAGUUGGCGAGUUCCUUGACAAGGGUUCUGUGACGGAGCAUUAUGCGCAGAGUUUCGACAAUCGCCCACAUCCAAACUCAUGCCAAGACACUUGUCUCUUCACCUUCUCCAGCUCCUCAGACAUGACAAAGGCGCGUGUUCGCACAGUGACGAAGGAUGAUGGCAGCCAACACCUGCAAUUCGAGUCACAGUCCGGGAAGGAGCUUCUGUCCUGCCCCAGCUCGAAGAAGCAGAGCACUGAACUGUAG